GUUUACGAAAACGGCAAAUCCAGCGCAGAGUCGCUGUGAGAUUUUGCUGGAUUUUGCUGUGAAAAUUAUGUAAAAAUUGGUAUAUACACUGCCAUGGUUGUACUGUCAUGUUGGUACAUUUCGAUCAUUUCGAUAGUAUAGGCUGCAACACAAUGUAGGGAUGAAUUUAUUUGAGUUUAUUGCCCAAGUUUGUUGAAGCUAUCAGCCAAUUUUGCAAGAGGAGGACCGCCAGUCGCCACCAUGUCGGACAGCGACUCGGACAGCGGAGGAGAGGCCGGCGGUGGGGGCGGCAUGGACCUGACGGCCGUGCUGUUCGGCAACAUAGACAGCUCUGGCCAGCUGGAGACUGACGUGCUGGACGCAGAGGCGCGAGCCCAGCUGCGCGGACUCAGCAAACUCGGUCUGGGCCAGCUGCUGCGAGAUGUGGUCGGAGACGAAGCCUCCACCGGCAACACUGGAAAAGGAGCUGCCGAGUCCGGUGACGCCCAGGAGGAGGAUGACGCCCCGGCGCCGGUGCCGUCGGCCACGGCAGUCGACUACUGGGACAUCUCCGAGAUGGCGGAGGAGGACCUCCGCUGGAACACCGAACCCGGCGGCGACGACGACUACGACGCCGAUGAUGAUGACGGUGACGAGGCGCGGGACGCCCGCCUGAUGCCGCCCCCGCCGGCUGUGGGCGGGGGCGGGGGCGGCUCAACCCCGGCGCCGCCCCCGCCGCCCGCGCCGCCGCGCAAGAAGCAGCUCAACACGCCUCUGGGCGCCAUGUUACCGGAGAAGUACGCCAGUGUGGAGAUCACCGACCUGUUCCCCGACUUCAGAGAGGAUAAGGUGUUGCGGUUCUCGCGGCUGUUCGGGCCCAGUCGCCAGGCCAGCCUGCCUCUCCCCUGGCGGAACGCCCGCAAAAAGAAACGGAAGAAGCGCCGCGACGAUGACGACUCGGACGUGAAGCCCAAGGAGCUGACGCUGAGCUUCGGCCCGCCGCUGCCGCCCGAGCAAGUGGAAUCGGAUGACGAGGAGAAACUCCUCCGCCCUGAAGAAGCCCCGGCUCAGGCGCGUCCUGCCACGGAAGAGAAGCCGGCCGGCAGCAGCUCCCCCAAGUCCACCGACUGGCGGUACGGGCCCUCGCAGCUGUGGUACGACAUGCUGGACUGGCCGGCCAAUGGCGAGACGUGCAACUACGGCUUCAAGGAGGGAGGCGACAAGAAUGGCGAGAACAAGACGGAGAGGGAGGAGGACGAGGCAGAGUCGGAGGGGGAGGACGAGGCCGACGGGGACCGGCCGGCCGGAUCGCUGCGCUCCACCGUGAAGAAGGAGACCUCCUCGGACGGCGAGCAGGGUCCCGAGGGUGACGGCGCCGUCCAGUUCGAGGACGACGCCUACCUGAUGGUCACUCAGCUCAACUGGGAGGAUGACGUCAUCUGGAACGGUGACGAAAUCAAACACAAGGUGAUGCAGAAGCUCAACAGUAAGACGAACGCGGCCGGCUGGCUACCGUCGGGAUAUAACCGGACGGCCGGGCAGCUGAGCCACACGGGCAAACCGCCGGCCACGCCCGGGUUCGCCGCCCCCGCCGGACUCAAAGUCCGACAGCCCACCUCUGGUGACGGCGGCAAGAGUGGCUGGUUCUCCAUCUUCCCCGUGGAGAACGAGGAGCUGGUGUACGGCCGAUGGGAGGACGACAUCAUCUACGACGCCCAGGACAUGGGCCGUAUGCCCGAGCCGCGCAUACUCACCCUGGACCCCAACGACGAGAACAUCAUACUGGGCAUACCCGAGGACGUGGAUCCGACUGUGGGCAAGGGAGAACCCGGCGAGCAGCGUAAGAUCAAGAUCCCUCACCCGCACGUGCGCAAGUCCAAGAUCCUGUUAGGUAAGGCUGGUGUCAUCACUCACAUGGACGAGGAAAGUCCUCCGGCUACCCCGGAGCCCACUGAUAAGGAUCCGUUCAACAUCUCCAACGACGAGUACUACCUGCCCAAGACGACAGAGAACUCGAUCAAGAUCGGCAGCGCCAGCGGCCUGCUGCAGCACUCCAUCCCCGUGGUGGAGCUGCAGGCGCCGUUUAUCCCCACCCACAUGGGCCCCAACAAACUGCGUCAGUUCCACCGACCGCCGCUGAAAAAGUUCUCCAGCGGACCGCUGGCCAGCAAGGAGCCGGUACCCGUCCACCCGCUGCACAAAAACAUCAAACGAAAGGCCAAGCAACGUGAGCACGAGCGUCUGAUGUCGGGUGGCGGCGACGUGUUCUUUAUGCGUUCUGCCGAGGAUCUGACGGGUCGAGACGGCGACAUGGUGCUCGUCGAGUACUGCGAGGAGCAUCCCGCCAUGCUCUCUCAGGUGGGCAUGUGCACCAAGGUGAAGAACUACUACAAACGGAAGGCGGGCAAGGACCCGGGCCCUCCGGAGCUGCGGUACGGGGAGACGGCCCUGGCGCACACCUCUCCGUUCCUCGGGGUGAUGGCACCGGGUAAAUGUGUUCAGACGGUGGAGAACAACAUGUACCGCUCGCCCAUCUACCCGCACAACCCGCCCGAGACCGACUUCAUCGUCAUCAGAACCCGUCAGGGCUACUCGAUCCGCGAGGCGGACGCCAUGUUCACUGCAGGCCAGCAGUGUCCGCUGUAUGAGGUGCCCGGACCCAACUCCAAGCGGGCCAACAACUUCACCAGGGACUUCCUGCAGGUAUUUAUCUACCGUCUGUUCUGGAAGUCCAACGACAACCCGCGCCGUAUCAAGAUGGAGGUGAUCAAGAAGGCGUUCCCCCACCACUCCGAGUCCUCGAUCCGCAAACGGCUCAAACCGUGCGCCGACUUCAAACGAACUGGAAUGGACAGCAACUGGUGGGUGAUAAAGCCCGAGUUUCGGCUUCCGACGGAAGAGGAGAUCCGGGCCAUGGUAUCGCCGGAGCAGUGCUGUGGGCAUUUCAGUAUGAUUGCGGCCGAGCAGCGUCUCAGGGACGCCGGCUACGGUGAGAAGUUCCUGCUCACUCAGGGCGACGACGACGACUCGGACCUCAAGAUCGACGACGAAAUCAAGGUGGCGCCGUGGAACACGACGCGCGCCUACAUCCAGGCCGCCAAGGGCAAGUGUCUGCUGGUGCUGGUCGGCACCGGCGACCCCACCGGCUGCGGCGAGGGCUUCAGCUACAUCCGAGUACCCAACAAGCCCACCCAGAACAAGGAGGAGCAGGAGUCACAGCCGAAACGCAUCGUCACCGGCACUGACGCCGAUCUGCGCCGGUUAUCGCUCGCUAACGCUAAAGCGCUACUGAAGAACUUCGGCGUGCCGGAUGAAGAGAUCAAGAAGCUGUCUCGCUGGGAGGUUAUCGACGUAGUUCGAACGCUGUCCACGGAGAAAGCCAAGGCUGGUGAGGAGGGCAUGGACCGGUUCUCUCGCGGUAACCGGUUCUCGAUCGCCGAGCACCAGGAGCGGUACAAGGAGGAGUGUCAGCGGCUGUACGAGCUGCAGAACCGCGUGCUCGCCUCGGACGAGGUGCUCUCCACGGACGAGGGAUCCUCCACGGAGGAGGAGAACGAUGACGACAUCGAGGAGCACGGUCGCAACAUCGAGAACAUGUUAUCCAACAAGAAGACGUCGACGCAGCUGAACAUGGAGAAGGAGGAGCGGGAGCGACGCGAGCUGCAUAAGAUCAUGAUGGGCACCGCCGGACAGGAGGACGGCAAGGAGACGGGCAGGGAGGGCAAGAAGGACAAAAGAAAGAAGGGAGACGAUGACAGCUCGACCGGUCGAGUGCUGAAAAUCAUCCGCACAUUCUGUAACGCCGAGGGCGGCACGUACACCCGUAUUGAGACCGUACGGAAACAGGCCGUCAUCGACGCCUACCUGCGCAUACGGACCACGAAGGACGACGCUUUCAUCAAACAGUUCGCGGGUCAGCUGGACGAGACUCAAAAGGAGGAGAUGAAGCGAGAGAAGCGGCGCAUUCAGGAGCAGCUGCGGCGCAUCAAGCGCAACCAGGAGAAGGAGCGGCUUGGUCUCAGUCAGCAGCCGCGCACACGCAAACCCAAACUGAAACCCGACCUCAAACUCAAGUGUGGCGCCUGUGGCCAGGUGGGUCACAUGCGGACCAACAAGGCGUGCCCGCUGUACCAGGGCUCCGGCGGACCGCAGCCCUCCAGCAAUGUGUCGCUCACCGAACAGGACGACGAGGAGGACUCCGUUCGGCUGGAUGUGCCCGAUGAUGAGGAGCUGAUCAAUGUCGAUGGGACCAAGAUCAAACUGUCCGGGAAGGUCAUAAAGCAAGCCGAGGAGCUGAACCGCAAGUCGAUGAUGCUGCGUACCCCGCGCGAGGGCGGCUCGGGCCGGCGGCGGCGGCGUGGCCAGGAGCACUGCGACUACCUCCACCACCGGCAGAAGACGACCAACCGGCGCCGGAUCGACCCGCUCAUCACCUUCAGCACCAUCCUGGAGGGGAUCCUGAACGAGAUGCGGGACAUGCCGGACGUCCAGCCGUUCCUCUUUCCGGUCAAUGCCAAGACGGUGCCCGACUACUACAAGAUCAUCCAGCGUCCGAUGGACCUGCAGACGAUCCGCGACAACCUGCGCCAGAACAAGUACCAGAGCAGGGAGGAGUUCCUGGCUGAUGUCAGUCAGAUCGUCGAGAACUCCAAGCUCUACAACGGCGCCAAGUCGGUGCUGACCCUCACCUCGGAGAAGAUGCGGAACCACCUGAUCGACUGGUUUGCCGAGAAGGAGGAUAAGCUUAUGAAGCUGGAGAAGGCCAUCAACCCGCUGCUGGAUGAUGAUGACCAGGUGGGUCUGACCUAUAUCCUGGAGCGGAUCGUCAACGAGAAGGUGAAGACGAUGCAGGAGUCGUGGCCGUUCCUGCGGCCCGUCAACCGCAAACUCGUCAAGGACUACUACGCUGUCAUCAAGCACCCUGUGGACAUCGAGCUCAUCGAGAAAAAGGUCAAAUUGCACAAGUACCACUCGAGUCGGGAGUUUGUGGCCGACUUUGAGCUGCUGCUGGAGAACUGCAUCACCUACAACGGCAAGGAGUCGUCGUUCACAGAAAAGGCCCAGGCGCUCGUCGAUGCCGUCAAGUCGACCGUCGAAAAGUACGAGGACGACCUGCGCAGUCUGGAGGCCAACAUCGCGGCGGCGCAGCAGCGCGCGCUGGAUAACGCCGACGCCGACUCGCUGGGCACGGGCUCCAUGCUGAUGGACGACGAGUCGCACGUAUCAGAGAGCGGUGCCGGUGACACGGGAGAGCCGCCGGCCAAACGCAGCCGCACUCUCGAGCAGGACCUGGAGUACAGUGACGAGGAGGACCACCCGGGCGGCAGCCGGAUGGACUCCCGGGACGACAUGGACGCCUCCGACGCCGGCAACGACGAGCCCAUGCUGCUGGAGCUGCCUCCCGAGCAGGAACACGACACUGAAGAGGACGUGGACCCCAGCUACGACCCGUCGGCGUUCCUGUACGGUUUAUCGUCUGCGCGUCAGACCAGCCGUCCGCCGGCGCCGACAGACGGCGCUGCCAGCAGCCGCAUCCACAGUGACCUGCAGGUCUCUGACAGUGACGGUGAGGAGGACGAGGGCCGGGGCGGCGCCGGGCCGUCCGAGCCCACUGAUCCGGACGACGACGGCGCACUCUACUUCUGAGGAGCAGCACCGCCGACACGCGUACCGGUGGGCUGUGGAGGGGAUGGGACGUUAGGGGAGGGGACGGUGGUAGAUAUUUGCACGCCUUACUGGGUGUGCGCUGUCCCUGCGUAUAGUGUGUUUUUCACAUGUGUGCCGCACUCGUGCUAUGUAUGAUGCGUGUACGUACAUUGCGUUGUGAAUGGGUGUGCAUGUGACUCAUGUCAUGCAAGUGUUGUACGGUCGCUCGACAUGUUCGUUCAUUGACUGAGGCAUUACCGUCCGAAUGAUGCGAUGGAGUGGGUUCACCAGGUCCUCUGGGGCUCCCAUUCCACGGGGCGGUUCGUCUCACAUCAUCGUGUGUGUCCUGGUAUGUUCAAACGCUGGACCUGUGAGCGGUCCCUCACUCGGCCCGUCAAUUCACGACAUUGUCAGGGGUGUGUUGAUGGUCGUCAGGUCGUGCUACCUGUUGCAGCGUACGUUAUCGAAGGAUGACGCGUUUUGUACAAACAUCAUGAAUAAGCCAACUCGCCAAAUUAAUAAAUGAUGUUACGGU